AUGGCAUGUUUUAUUGUUCCAGGGUGCAACUGUUCGGCAGCGGGCGCGGAGGGCAACGCAUGCGACAUCCGCAGCGGGCAGUGCCGCUGCCGCCCGCACGUCACCGGCCGCGCCUGCGACACCUGCGAGGAAGGCUACUGGGGUCUGGAGCUGGGCGGGUGCCGGCGGUGCGCGUGCGGCGCGGGCGCGGCGGCGUGCGACCCGGUGAGCGGCGCGUGCGCGUGCGCGGCCGGCGUGGGCGGCGCGCGCUGCGACACCUGCCUGCCCGGGUACUACGGCUUCGGGCCCACGGGAUGCCUGCAGUGCCCCGCAUGUCCGGAGGGGCGCGUGUGCUCGGCGGCGACGGGGCGGUGCGUGUGCGCGGGGCGGGCGCGCGGGCCCAACUGCACGCUGUGCGCGCGCGGCUACUGGCGGCGCGGACACGCCUGCGUGCCCUGCGCGUGCGGGCCUGGCGCUGUGUCGGACACGUGCGACGCGGUGACCGGUCAGUGCCGCUGCCGCGCGGGGUGGGCGGGGCUGGCGUGCGAGGGCUGCGCCCCCGGACACUUCGGGCCGCGCUGCCGACCCUGCAACUGUGUCCCCGCCGGCACGCGCGGCUGCAAGGACGGCGUCUGCCCUUGCGACCAGGCUGGCCAGUGCCUCUGCAAGGAGAACGUGGUGGGUGAGAAGUGCGACUCGUGCCUGGAGGGGACGUUCGGUCUGGCGGAGGACAACCCGGCGGGCUGCACGGCAUGCUUCUGCUUCGGGCGGAGCGCGCGCUGCACGCAGGCCGACGUCACGCGCGCCGCGCUGCACGCCUCCGCGCCCGUCCACCUCAAGCUGCUGCGAGGAGAAGCCGUCACCACAGUGGAGGCGGAGUCUCAGCUGGCGGUGCAGGCGCGGUCGCCGGACGCGACGAUCGCGGUGCCGCGGCCGGCCGUGCCCGUGUACGUGGAGCUGGGCGAGCUGUUCCUGGGCGACCACCUGCUGUCCUACGGCGGCGCCCUGCGCUUCCGCGUCGAGGAGGAGGGCGGCGAGCCCCUGCCUGGUCACACGCUCAUGAAGUUCCCUCUAGUCAGUAUAUACGGAGCUCACCUCAUUUUGGAUUACUACCAGCGCGUGCCAGCAGUGAACGGCACGCACGCGGUGCGUCUGCACGAGUCGCUGUGGACGGUGCGCGGCCGAGGCGCGGGCGCCUCUCGCAGCGCGCUCAUGCUGGUGCUGCAGGACGUGCGGCGCGUGCUGCUGCGAGCCAGCACACGCGCGCCCGCCCGCGCCGACCCCGUGCACGUGCUGCUGCUGUCGGCGUCGCUGGAGACGGCGGUGGCGGGCGUGGCGCGCGGCGCGGCCGCCCCCGGCGUCGAGCGCUGCGACUGUCCGCGCGGCUACGACGCCGCCUCGUGCCAGCUGCCCGCCGUGGGCUUCUGGAUGCCGAGCAGCUCCCCCCGCGUUAUGCACGUGUCCGGCACUGUCGUCAUCCGCCUCGACGGCGCCGCCGAACCCUGCAACUGCCGUGGUCGCGCCUCCGCCUGCCACCCUAACACAGGACACUGCAUGAACUGCAGCAACAACACCGCCGGCCCGCAGUGCGAGCGCUGCGCGGACGGCUACUACGGCAGCCCGGAGAGCGGCUGUGCGCCGUGCCCCUGCCCCGGCCCGCAGCGCAGCCACGCCGCCGCCUGCGCCGUCAGCGGCUCACGAGUGCACUGCUUCUGUAAACCCGGCUACACGGGUGCGGCGUGCGAGUCGUGCGCGGCGGGGUGGCGCUGGUCAGGGGAUAGCUGCGUGGCGUGCGCGUGCGACCCCCGCGGCGCACUCGACUCGCGCUGCGACGGCGGCGCGCACUGCCGCUGCCGCCCGCACGCCACCGGCGAUCGCUGCCAGCUGUGCACGCGCCCGCGACACUACCUCGACGACGACGGCUGCAAACCUUGCGACAAUUGCACACAAACGCUUCUCGAUUACGUGGGGGAGGUGAACGGUGACAUGAGGCGGCGCGUCGACAUUGCGGAGUUGAGCCGCGCGCCGCAGCCUUUCCCGGCGCUGCGAGAGUUCGCGAGCGACGCUUCCGCGCUUCACAACGAUCUGCAGCAGCACAGGACGCUCCUGGAAAAAACUAGGCUAGUAGAAUCGGAGCUCGGCAAACUGGAGGUAGCGGAGCACGAGCUCUUCACGGAGGCUAAUAAGUUCAAGGAGGAAAUUAAGAGGCGAGAGAAGGAGGCCCUCUCGCUGAGCCUGGAGAGCAUGAGCGGCCUGGAGGUGGUCCUGAACCAGAAGCGGAUGAUCGCGGACCGAGUGGCCGCUCUAGAUGAUUUCGCGCAAGGCGAGAAACAUCUCAGCGCGCACAGGGCGCUGAAGGAGGCCAGACAUUUAUUGAAAAAAAUAAAGAGCACGAGCCUCAUAGAUUAUGUUGCAGCCGCCACGGAUAUAUCUGACUCGGCGACGAUGCAGUCGACGGUCGUUCGCGAGUACGCUUGGCGCGCGGCAGAUGCGCUGGAGCGGGCGCAGGGGCUUCGCGAGGGUGUGGCGCGGUGGGAGGCGCGGGGGGAGGAGCUGGCGCAGCUGGCGAGCGCGGUGUGGGCGGCGGGCGACCGGGUCGAUGCGCUCCGCCGCGACACCGUGCCGCGCCUCGCUGCGCUGCGGGACGGCGGCACACGCUGCAGGCUCGAAUUAGAGAAUGUCGCAAGUUUGUCGUCGCACAACCUGACCACUGACGCCCGAGCGGCGUUGCUGAACGCCCAAAAUCUCGCGAUCGGCUUCCCAGCGCUGCUGGCCGAGCUCCGUGCCCUCACCGCCGCGGCCGAGGAGAAGGAGGGCAUCCUGUACAACAUCACGCCGGCCUACAAGGAGAAGUACUUGGAUGCGGUCGAAAAACACGCGGCAGUUUUGGCAGAGAAGGCUAAAGAGUACAAGAACUUAUUUGCCGGCACGCGCGCUGCAGCGUCGUCGGGCGUGCGUGCGGCGACGGCGUGGGCCGAGGUGGCGGAGUCGGUGCGCCUCGCCGCCGCCGCCGCGGACGCCGCAGUGAUCGCCGUCGCCGCCGCGGCGCAGAUGGCGCGAGGACCGCACUCGCUGCUGCACACCGCCGACAAGGAGAAACGACGCUCGCUGCAGCUCAAACAGCGCGGCGAGGAGGUGCUCGAGAAGGCAGAAGAUCUGCGGCGGUCGGUAGAGAGCGCCAGGCGCGGCACCGAUGCGGUGAGCGUGGGGCUGCGGGCGCUGGGCUGGCGGCAGCGCGAGCUCGCCACCGCCGCCGACGCCGCCACCGCGUCCGUCGCUUCAUCCGCCGCGCCCGCCACGCUGAAGCACGCUACAGGACAAGCGGAGCGUGUGUUCGGUGUGGCGCGCGCUCUGUACGACGAGGCGGCGGAGACGCGGCGGCGCGUGCGCUACCAGCUGCGGCGCGAGCUGGCGCACCUGCAGCGGCUCGGCGACACUGCGCUCGGGGCAGCCGAGGAACAUGUGUCGCAGAUCCGCGGGAACACGCUGCGAGGCGCGGAGGUGUCGGAGGCGCUGGCGGCGGCGGCGGCGGCACGCGCGCGGGAGCACGCCGCGGCCGCCCGCUCGCUCGGCCCGGCCGCGCGAGACCUGCGCACGCGCAUACAACAAGCUAAGGACGCUGCUGCGACUAUAAGCGUGUCGUUGACGUCUGCGGCGACGGGUCCGGGCUGCGCACGCGCAUACGCCGCGUGGGGCGCGCCGGCCGCCACGCGGGCCUCGCUCGCCUUCAGCUUUGAUGGUGCUGUGCGGGACGGAACCCUGCUGUAUCUACCUGAUCAGGACGGCGUGCGCUACAUGCGGCUGUACGUGUUGGAGGGGCGACUGCGGGUGCGGUGGGACGUGGGCGGGGGGGUGCACUCGCUGGAGCAUCCCGAGCCGCUGCAGGCCACGCACGACGACGCCGACCACUCCAUCUACCGAGUGGAGAUUGAGAGGGUGUGGGGCGCGGUGCGACUAGUGGUGGAGCGGGGAGGCGCGGCGGCGGCGGCGUGGUCUAACGGCACGGCGGCGGGGGGCGCGGGGGGGCUACUGCGGGCGCCACGCUGGUGGCUGGGCGAGCCCGCGCGCCCGCUGCCUGCCUGCGUGCACGCGCUGCACGCUGACCGCACGCCUGUAGGCCUGUGGGCCUUCGCCGUGCAGCCCGCUGACGCCAAGUGUACCGCCUGCACGCAGAGAUGGUGGCGCGGCGGUCGCGGGGAGGGGCUGGUGUGGCUGAACGGCGCGGGCUACGUGGCGCUGCGGCGCUCGGGAGCGCGCGUCGUCGACCGCCGCCGCUUCAGCCUCUCCUUCACCUUCCGCACGCGAGACACCGACGCGCUGCUCUUCAUGGCGCUCGACACUGUCAACAACCGGUCGUUGUCGGUGUGGCUGUCGGCGUGCCGCGUGGUGUUCCGCGUGCAGUACGCACACGCUCGCCUCGACAUCACGGCGGGCGCGGCGGGCGCGCGCUACUGCGACGGCCGCCCCGCCCACGUGCAGGCCACCAGACUCUUCACCGGCCUCGAGAGAGGCAGCUUGCGGGUGAACGGCGAGGAGACGCUGGGGUCGCCGUCGCCGCCGGUGCAGGCCGCGGCCGAGCUGCCCGACCUCAGCGCUGCGCACUACUGGGUGGGGGGCGUGCCGCCGGGGACCGACGCGGGGGCGCUGCCGGGGGCGGACACGGCCGACGUGCCCGCGCUGCUCGGCUGCUUCGGCGCGCUCACAGUCGACAGAGAGGGCUACGAUCUGCUGGACACGCACGCCAGACAGGGCGUAGAAGCCGGCUGUAGCUCAAAGCCUCUCCGCUCGGCGAUCCUGGACGGGUCGGGCUACAUCGAGCUGCCGUCGCCGGCGAUCAAGCGUAAGGCGACUAUCGGCCUGACGUUCCAGACCCGUAGCGAGGCGGGGCUGCUGCUCUACCGCGCGACAAACGCCCACACUAACGAAACCGAAGAAGACAAGAACUACUUGAUGAUGUCACUCGUUAAAGGUGAAUUGGAAGUACGCGCGCGCGCCGGCAAGGGCGAGGUGCGCGUGCGCGUGAACGGCAGCGCGCUGCACGACGGUCGCCUGCACACCGUGCGCCUCGUCAGGGUGCACAAACAGCUGGAGGUAUGGGUGGACGAGGCGCGACGCGGGGUGGGUACAUUGGGCGGCGCGGCGCUGGCGGCGCGGGCGCGGGGCACGUACCUGGGCGGGGUGCCGCCCGCCGUGCUACCGGGGGCGGGGGUUCCGCCUUUCGUUGGAACCAUCACGGAUUUCGUCGUCGACUCAACGUGGAUCGGCCUAGAGACUGCAGUAGAGUGGGAUGGCGCCCGACUAGGUCGUGCGGACGGGGAGCUGCGCCCCGAGCCGCCGGCGGAGCCUCGAGCGCUGCAGGCCACAACGGAAGGGGACAGCUUCUGUUCUAAAACAUCGUCGUUCACGGUGGAGGCGGGCGCGGUGAAGUUCGGCGACGCGGCGGGCAGCUACGCGGCGCUGCGCGUGCCCCGCGCCGGACCCAAGCCCGACUUCGCUGUCAGCCUGCACUUCCGCACCUUCGCCACCGACGGCCUCCUCCUGCUUAUACCGGGUUCCAAGACAAAGCCGAAGCACUACUCGGCGCUGAUGGUGAAGGAGGGUCGGCUGCGGCUGGUGGUGCGCGGGCGCAAGCGGCGUGAGCUGACGCUGCCGCUCUUCGUGUCCGACGGCACCUGGCGGCCGGUGUCGGUUCGCGCGGGCCGGAGACGCGCGGUGCUGCGGUGCGGCGAGGCGGUGGCGGCGGCGCGCGCGGCGUCGCUGGCUCGCGCCGCACGCAUAUACGUGGGCGGGCCACCGCCACCACACUUGCUACCGCACGUGCCACCACAGAUUCUAAAGUUGGGCGGGUUCGUGGGUUGCGUGCGGCGGGUGACGGUGAAUGGGCGCGAGGAGGACCUGGUGGGCAGGGGCGGGGCCGGUGCGGCGCGCGUGCGACAGUGCUUCCCACACGUGGAGCGCGGAGCGUACUUCGCGGGCGACGCGCACGCCGCGUGGGGGGCGUGGCGCGGAGAGGGCGACGUGCGGGACGUGCGCCUGCAGUUCCGCGCGCUCGCGCCCACCGGCGUGCUGCUCGCUGCCGCUGGCGUCGUGCUCGAGCUGCGUGACGGCGCGGUGGUAGUAAGCGGGCCGGAGGGGCGGGAGGCGACGGUGGAGGCGGGGGGUCGCGCGUGCGACGGGGCGUGGCACUCAGUGCGCGUGCGCCUGGCGCGCCGGCCCGCGUUGGCGCUGGACGCGGCGCCGGAGGAGCGCGCGCCGCCCGCGCUGCUGCCCGCCGCGCCGCCGCCCACCGCCACCACCCUAUACGUCGGCGGCCUGCCAGAGGGCGCGGCGGAGCUGACGGAGGGUCGGGAGAACUUCAAGGGCUGCAUCAGGGAGGUGGUGGUGGGGGAGGAGCGACGCGAGUGGGCCGCCAUGGACGCGCUGCACAACGUGCUGCUGGACUCCUGUCCCGUGGCACAGUGACAUGUAACCAGUAGCUGUUGAGCUUAGAGGUCUUUAUAAUCAGUGGCGGUCCUAGGGGGUGGCCGGGGCAAUCGACCGGGGCUUCGCGCUUGCAGGGGGCUCGCAAAGUGUUUAUUGGAAGACAAAGGGCUUCGGAAAGACCUGCCGCCCAGGGCAUCGCAAAGACCUUCCGCCCGGGGCCUCGCAGUGGGUAAGGCCGCCGCUGUGUAUAAUAAUUAUAGCCCAAAGCUGUGUAGUAUGUACGAUAGUAACGCCUACCUGAUGGGCCAUAAUGAUUAGUACAUAGUGAGCAUUUAGCAAUCUCCAGCAAUAUCCGAAACGAACGGGAUCAUUUUUACGACUGCGCUGAAGUCUACUUAAAAUCAGUUAAUAAUAUCUGAUUAACUUUAUAUUGUUCCCAGUGAUUGCGACGAACAAUAGUUACAUAAUUUAUUAUUAUUAAAGGUGGGUUGCA